AUGGAGUGGAUAAACAGAAAACAAAGCAACGCAGAUAUCGUGGUCACAUGUGGCGGCGGCUCCAUCACCGACGGCGUCAAGCUCGCCGGGUUGAGUCUGGCGAAUGGCCUCACGUCCCUCGAUGCGCUCGGCGCCAUGAGCGACAAGCUGAAAGCUGCGAUGCUGCACGACAUUGACUACAAAUACGUCACGGACUCGGAUCCUCCAGAUGUGCAUGCUCCGCCUUUCACCAUGAUCAACGUUCCGACCACGCUUUCUGCAGGGGAAUACUCGCCCUACGCAGGCGGGAUCGACGCCACUGACGGCGUCAAGAAGAUCUUUGUGCACCAAGGUUUAUUCGCGGACGUGGUGAUCUUGGACCCGGAACUGGCGGCCAAUUCGCCCGAGUGGGUGUGGAUGAGUAGCGGGGUGAGAGCGAUCGAUCACUGCGCCGAGUUAUUGGGGAGCCUGAAUCCCGCGAUUGAGAAGGAGACGGACGAGGCGGCGGAGAAGGGCUUGGUUCUGCUGGUAAGAGGGCUUUUGAAGCUGAGAAGGGAGCCGCAGGACCUGGAAGCUAGGCUAGAAACGCAGUUUGGAUCGGUUUUGGCCAUGGACGGCCUAUGUAGGGGCGUCCACCUGGGCGCUUCACACGCCAUUGGACACGAACUGGGCACCAUGAACGUCGCACACGGACACACAUCUUGCGUCCUCUGCCCGACGGUUAUGAAAUACAACGCCAGCGUCAACGGGCAUCGCCAACAACGGGCUCUCAACGCCCUCUGGUCCGACCCGUACAUUCGUGAGACGCUCGAGACUCAUUGCAAUUUGACGCAGUCUUCCGCCGACCUCGGGGAUGUUCUCGAUGCGCUUUUUCGCCAGUUCGGUAUGCCGAGGACAUUGAAGGAGGUCGGAGUGGAGGGACAAGAGAAAUUGACGGACCUGGCGAGAAAGUGCUUGGAAGAUCCGUGGUGUAGGACGAACCCGAUUCCGCUGGUGACCGAGGAGCAGGUGAUGAAGAUUCUGAAGCUUGUCGAGAAAUAA